GGGGUGUCUUGGGGUGAAAAGACCUUCAGGUAAUUUACCGUAUAGAGACAGAUUAGUACGUCUUAACUUGCCAACGCUUCAUUAUAGAAGAUGUAGAUAUGAUCUCAUUGAAAUUUUUAAGAUUAUAAACGGUUUUGAAGACAUCCGCUAUGAUAAGUUUUUCCAGUUUAAUGAUCUAACACAACACAGGGGCAUAUCUAAUAAUUAUCUUCAAAAUUGAAAAGCCUAGAUGUAAUAAAUCCAUGAAACUGAACUCAUUUCCUGCUAGAAGUAUAGAUUCAUGAAACAACUUAAUUUUAAUUGAAGGAAGAGACAGUAUGCAGCGCAACAGUUGUAAGUUUUAAAUCAAAACUGGACAAAGAAUGGGCAUAUAAAAGAUUUAGAACUGACAUGAUAUAUGAACCGGGCAUAGUUAAUGAUAUCACUCUUAUAGGGGGAGUAUACAAGUCGUCGACUUAAGAAGACUCAGAAGAAUCAAGCACAGAAAAAUGCGGACAUUAGCAGGGGCUGUCCAUGAGAAAUAUGAUGACACAGGAGAAGAUGGAGGUGCCAAUGACAGUUUCAUACAAGUGUUCAUUCCAAAAUCUGGGCCUCAUGUUGGAUCUAAGGAUUCCGGGAAAGCACAUUUACCGCAACGUUUGACUCUAGACAAUCUGCAGAUUAGCAGUGCAGGAGAUGGAAAAGAGAUCAUAGAAUUAUGUGGACAUGUUAGUGAAUUAGACCUCACCAAAAAUGUCAUCACAGACUGGAAAGAGGUAUUCUGUAUAUUAGAGCAUGUACCUCACUUACACUUCCUGAACCUCACCAUGAAUCCAUUAGACGAUGAUACCUGGGAUUGUGGUCUGCAGAAACAGUUUCCAAAUCUCAAAGAUAUUGUCUUAAACAGUACUGGAGUAUCCUGGUCUCUUGUUGCGAAACUACUGUCAUGUUUUCCAAAUCUAACAGAGUUACAUGUAAGUUUGAACAAGUACAAGAUGGUUGAUUUUCCGGCAGAGUUUGUUCAUAAAUCUCUCAUUAAACUCUUUGUAAAUAAAAGUGAAAUAGAAAACUGGACAGAAAUAUCUAAACUGGGUGUUGCAUUUCCAUGCCUGCAGACAUUAAACAUCAUAGAUAAUGGUAUAUGUGAGUUGUCACCAGAAAGUGAGUUCCAAGAAUUCCAAGCAUUGACAGAUUUGAAUAUCAGCAAAUGUCAGAUAGGAUCAUGGGAGGAAGUGGAUAAAUUCGGACACUUUCCAGCAUUAAUAAAUCUUAGAAUUACAGACUUGCCACUAGUCAAGGAUUGGGAAGCAAAGGAGCGACGACAACAUCUGGUUGCCCGUUUGCCAAGCAUCAAACAGUUAAACGGCAGUACAAUAACAGAGACAGAGAGAGAUGAAGCAGAGAGGGCAUUUCUUCGAUAUUUUAUGGAUUCUGAGGAUAGACCUGCAAGAUAUGCUGAAUUAGAGAAGAUACAUGGUAAGCUGGAUCCACUUGCAAAUGUGAAAUUUGAGAGAGCAGUCUAUAUUAAUCUUCUGGUAAAAUUUGAAGAAAAGGAAGAGCUUAUGGACAUUUAUGUUAACCAGACUCCAGGCGAUUUAAAGAAACUUCUACGCAAUUUCACUGGGCUACCUGUGGCGAAAAUGCAAGUAUAUUAUGUCGAAAUGUUUGAAGGUAAAAUAAAGGAUUAUGUAGAACUGAAAUCGCUAAGUAGAAAAUUGUUAAGCUAUAAUAUGAACCUUGGAGAUGAGAUCCAUGUCCAUAGGAAAAAUUGUUAGUAUAAUAGAAUGCAAAAUUAAUGAUGUUGUACUGGCUAACUAUAAGUUCAAAAAUGAAAUUUAAGAGCAGUGGGAUUUUUCAAUUUUAUCAUAAUGAUUUUAUGUCUAUUUUAACAAUUUCUGUCUUAUGUCUACAAUUUAGAAAUGUACUAGAUUACCCAGGAAGUUUUGAAUUUAUAAUCCAUAAAAGAAUUAUAUAUGACUCUGGCCAAUUGAAGGUCUCAUUCAGUGCCCCCCCCCC